CAGUUUCCUGGGGGAGGGCCUUGUGCCUACGUGAGCAGACGGGUCUGUAUAAUGAAAGGCAGGGAGUGAAUUUCUUUCACUUACUGGAGCACGGAAGAGGUUUUGUUCAAGAUGGAUCGGGCGAGAUCGGCAGUAACUAACUUUAUUGGCAGAUACCCUCUUUCCUACACACGCUUCAGCCUAACGCCUCAGACUGAUGGAGAUACUAGUCAAGUAGAAAUGAAGCUUGCUGAUGAUGAUGAGGAGUGUGGGGACCAAACCUUGGGAGAGCCUGUUGUGAAGCAAAGAUCAGAAAAUAACUGUAAAAGGAUCUGCAUAAAAAUUCUUCUGGGGGCUUUCUUAAUCUUGCUUGGAUUUCUUAUUGGAUAUUUAAGUCACAGAGGGCGUGAUUCCUCUGUGCAGUCAAACAAUGCCAAAACUGUGGAGUGCUCUACUGCACAAGCAACACUUUCUAAUGAUGAUGAGGAUGAAACCAAUUUGGCAGCAGAAAUGCCCAGUGUGCUUCAUUGGAGUGAUCUGGCACCCAUCUUAAACUUCAAGAUAGAUAAUCUAUUUCUGGAGGAUACAAUUAAGAAAAUAUCUAAGAUUUCUCGUGAAGCUGGCACCAGUGAGGAAGAGAGCGUGGCCUUAAUGGUGCAUGAGGAGUUUGGGCAGAUGUCCUUGGAUAAAGUGUGGAACGAUGAGCAUUAUGUUAAGCUACAGGAGCUUGGAAACUCACCAAAUAAAGUAACAAUUUUGAGCAACAGUAACCGAGAAGAGACUUUGCAGCCUUCUGCGUAUGUGGCCUACAGCCCAGCAGCAAGUGUAAAUGGAAAACUAGUGUAUUGCCAUUACGGCCGAAAGGAAGACUUCCAAGCCAUACAAGAAAAGAAUAUUGAUCUUUCGGAAAACCUGGUCCUUGUACGUUCUGGAUUAAUCAGCUUUGCUGAAAAGGUUAAAAAUGCAGAACUCCGUGGGGCAAGAGGAGUAUUAAUCUAUCCUGAGGCAUCUGACUUUACAUUCCCAGGCAGCCAAACUGGAUCUAUAGAUUCUCCUUUUGGACAUGCUCAUUAUGGAACUGGGGAUCCAUACACACCUGGUUUUCCGUCUUUCAAUCACACGCAGUUUCCUCCAUCCAAAUCAUCAGGACUCCCAAGCAUUCCUGUUCAAACUAUUUCUAGUGAAGAUGGCAAGAAACUACUAGAGAAGCUUGAAGGGGCUGACUGCCCAAAAACUUGGCAAGUUCCUUUUAAACUUGGGCCCCAGAUGAAAGACACACAAAACAUUAAGCUUGAAGUGACAAAUGUUCUGGUUGAAAAGAAGAUCUAUAAUGUGUUUGGCAUUAUUCAAGGCUUUGAGCAGUCAGAUCACUAUGUAGUGGUGGGUGCCCAAAGAGAUUCAUGGGGCCCAGGAGUUGCCAAAACAGCUGUGGGGACUUCCAUACUCUUGGAAUUGGCAAAGCUGCUCUCCGAUAUGGUAAAAACAGAUGGGUUUAGACCAAGGAGAAGUAUUGUAUUUGCUAGUUGGGGUGCGGGUGACUUUGGAUCUGUUGGUGCCACAGAAUGGCUGGAGGGGUACUUAAAUAAUCUCCAUCUCAAGGCCUUUUCAUAUAUCAAUCUUGAUUCAGCUAUUCAAGGUGCUGGAACCUUUCAAGUGUCUGCCAGCCCGCUAAUGAAUAGGGUAAUACUACAAACACUGAAAGAGGUAUCUGAUCCUGUUUCGACAGACUUUACAUUGUAUACACAACUUGGAUCUCAAGCUUGGACAAAAAAAAUUGUACCCUUUUCCAUUGAAGAUUCUGCUUACCCAUUCCUUGCCUACUCUGGGAUCCCUUCAGUUUCCUUCAGUUUUCAAAAGGAGAAUAAACCGUAUGCUUAUCUGGGCACUAAAAUGGAUACUCUAGAGAACUUCAAGCAGUUGGUUGACUUGGAUCGUAUGUGCCGGACUGCUGCAAACUUUGCUGCGCAAAUAAUAAUGCGUUUAACUCAUGAACAAAAGCUGCCUCUGGAUUACAGCAGUUACAGUGAUGUGUUCCUAAAUGUUUCCAUUGAUCUCCAGCGGCAAAUUAAAGAGAUAAAGGAAUUGGACCUUACUGUGACAUGGGUCAACUCUGCAAGGGGUGACUUCUCAAGGGCUGCUGCUUCUCUCACCAAAGAAUUUGCUCAUUCUGAUCUUGAAAAUGCACUUAUUCUACGCUCCCUAAAUGAUCGCAUUAUGAAGGUUGAACAUGGCAUGCUGUCUCCUUAUGUUUCGCCAAAGGAUACACCGUUCCGUCAUAUAAUCUAUGGUGCUGGAAAUCACACAGUAGCAGCUUUGAUGGACCAUCUCAGUCUGCGAAAAACCAACAAGGCAGCUUUUGAUGUUGAUCUCUUUAAAAACCAGUUAGCACUGCUUACCUGGACAUUACAGGGAGCAGCUAAUUCUCUAGCAGGCAACAUCUGGGAUAUAGACAAUAACUUUUAGUUGUAUUUUGUCUAGAGCCAUCAAAUUUUUUUUUUUUUCUGUUUGUUUUAAAUCCCACAUUUGCUUAUUUAAACCAGGUACGGUACACACAGGUGGAUAACAUUGCUCAGUCCAGCUUUGUGCUUGGGUCCAAUCAGCUAGUUGGCUCCUGGUGUGUGUUGCCAAAUUGGCCAGGGAUCCAUUUAUUGGAAAAAAUGGACAGUUUAGCUACAGGGAAACCUGAUCUACCUGUUUGUACCUAACCUAAUGGUUUGUUCUCUCCCUGUCAUAAUGAAAGCACUUAUUGAUCCCAGCUUUAGGAACCAAUAUGAAAAACUACAGCAUUUAAAAGUUGCACACCAAGGAAAGGUAGAUCAUAUACAGGUGUGACCCUGAAAAAUCUCCUUAACAUACUGGCAAAACAAUAAGAAACCAUAAAUUUAAAAUCUUUUGAACUUAUAAAAUUCACAUAAAGUUACUACCCCCUAUAAAAAAAACUGCAUUAGUGAACAUAUCCCAAAACCAUUGCACCUUAAUGCAAUAAUUACCCUGAGUAUAUUGGUCAAUAGCACUACAUAGGUGCAUGAUUUGUGAUUGUGGCAAAAGCUAAUAUAUUUCUUUCUGCCCUGAUCUGCCAAAAAUGAUUUGAUAAUUAUUACAUUUAUGUAAAAGAUAACGAAACACGUUGCACUUAAUACAUUUUAGUAACACUCCCACAACUUUCGCCCCCAAUAGUUAUGCAAUUGAACCACAACAUGUUUGUCCUUAAACAGCUAAUUAUAUUUGUGGGAUUCCAUAAGUCUGUUUAAUGUACUGGGUGCACUUAAUGAAUUGUUAGUCUAUGUUGAAAUCUUGGCAAAGGUGUUUUCCAUGAUCCACUCCUUUGCCUUUCAGCAUGGCUCAAGCAGAAUUGGCCAUUUUACUCUGCCUGAGAAUCUGCUGUUUUUAAAUUAUUUAUUAUAGCUUUUUGCCCUUGCAAAUACUGUGCGCUGGCUGCAGGACAUGCCUGUGUUUCAUUUCCGUCCUUGUUAAAAGGAUGCUGUUUUAUACUACAGCAUUCUUUUUCUUUCAUUAUUUCUUUAAUUUUUAAAAUAUUCAAGAGCCUCUUGUAUUACUCAAUUUGGAAUUCUAUUUUAUUUGUCAAAAUGUUCACAGGACCAUGGGUACAAAGCACCUGAAAACAGGACACCCUUUUAAUAUGAGUAGUCUUGAAGGCAAAUUAAUCUAGUUGUGAAUUGGCAGAUAAUGCCAGCCUGGUUGGGUGACUUACCAGGAGCCAUGCCAUAUCCUGCAGCCAGCUUCUUUUGGGCAAAUUGGCUUUGUUCUAAACUUACGCACUGAAAAAAAGGUUCAAGUUAUUUAUUUAUCAGUGACAGCGAUCACUAUAAAUGUUUGUUUUUUUUGUAAUUAUCGGAAGCAGUGCCUUCCAUAAUUGACGGUUAUACUGUCGUUUUUGUUUUUUUUACUUAAAAGCAGCAUCUGCUUAUGUGAUCGAACAUGGUACAGGAAUCUCUGCGUUGCCGCUCUUGCCUUUUAAACCACUCUAGCUUCUCUCCUGUGGAGAACAAGUUGAAAAACACCAAAUAAGCACACUACUGAAGUUAACACUUUAAAUGAGUCUUCCAGUGUCUCAAGAAAAAAAAGGGCAGAGUUUGCACAGGAGCAGUAACCCAUAGCAAUCAACAAGAUGUUUUCUUUUAAACAGGUGAGCAGUAAGUGACCCACUGGUUGCUAUGGGUUGCUGCUCCUGGGCAUAUUUAGUGUUAUUUAUCACAUAAUCCCAUAAAUGUAUUGUUUAUACAAAACCAUGAAGUCUUUAGACUAUGUAUGCAAAAGAUUGCAGGCAUACACCUGUAAAGGUGAGCCUUGCUAUUUGCUGGGUUGUAAAUAUUCCUUACAUUAAAUGGCCAGUAGUCCUCUAUUUCCCUAGCAUCUGUAUUAAGUAAAUGGUUCACCCUUAAAAGCAACCUAAUAAGGGUGGCCUUUCUCCUAUGUGACUGCAUUUUAUUUUAUAGAAUAUUGUAUCCGCAGGGAAAGGCUGUUCUGAAUGUACAGUGUUGUUGCAAUGUAACGUGUAGGCAUUGUGAUUAGGUGACUAGGAGCUCAUGGUACCUUAAUCCCAUGGAACCUUGAGGUUGAAGGGCUACUGAAUUCAAUACAUGAAACACACUGCCAAAACUUUGCAGUUGAUUUAUUUGUGGAAUAAUGGUUGCGCAGAGAUUCCAGUAACAUAUCAAGAAAUCAAGGUGACAUUAUCGGAAGCAGUGUCUUCCAUAAUGGUUUAUAUUUAAAAAAAAAAAGAAAUGGUAGUUUUUGUCUACCAGUGUGUUAUCGGGGGCAGUGUUCCCUCAUUUUACACUACGGGUGUUUUGAAUUAUCGGGGACAGUGUUUCCCAUAAUUAUUAUUUUUGCUAACAGUUAUUAGUAUCUAAUGUAUUAGUGCUGCUUGUUGUGAGCUUGGCUUUAUUUUUGUUAAUGUAACUGUAACCGCCCUGAACAUUUCUCUAGCCGAAAAGGCUGUAUUAGAUUAUAAUGGGUGCUAUAAUAUAAUGAGGUUUUAGAGCUGCAAUUGGCCCAGUUGUACAGCUGCCAACUUCUGCAUCAAUGUGAGAAAGACAAAAAAGAACUAUGCUUUAGGAGGCAUAAUGGAUUCAACUUCCCAAAACAGUGUAAGCAUAAGGUUAAUUUCCUGCACAAUAACGGCAAAAUGUGCUUUUAAGGUAGAUUGGAAAAUUGGGCUACACUGGCCUCCCCUGUCUGAGCAUGGCAUGACUAUUAAGAGCGUAAUAAAGUUUCCAUGGGAUGACUGAAGGGGCCAUACCUGAGUAGCACCCAGUCCCUCAUGUAUUCUUUAUCUGCUACUGAAGAGUAUUGACUCCAGCCAGAGAAGUGUUUAGAGCAGCUUCAAAAACCUGUAUUUGUGUAUAAAUACAGGAAUGCUAUUGGAAGAGAAUGCAGAAUAUAGUUGUUUUUUUUUUUUUUAUGGAACAUCACAUAAAUAUUGGGCCUCUUGCACUCUGACUUCAUUGGUGAUCUGGUUUUGUUAACUUUUCUGCUUGCUGUGGCUGUCUGAAAAUGUUCCCUUCUGCUGAGCAACUAGGUAAUGACAUCCUUUGGUUUAAUGAGGUUGGUUAUUUCCUUUUAUGUUUAUCACCUACAUUGAAUAUGUGCUAAAUUAGUCAUGUAAAUGCACUUAAUAUAAUGCCAAACGUCAAGUGAAAAGCAUAUCGUUUACUUAAAGGGAUAUUCAUGUAAUGUAUGUUUCAAGAUUAAAUGAAGUGUGAAGAACCUGAUAUUGGUUUGCAUGGUCAGGAAAAACUCUACCUUCUGAGGCCAUGCAUAAAUGUCCUACACUACCUUGCUUGGAGCUGGGCUCAUCAGAACAAUCCUAGAAGGUAAAUUGAGUAUAUAAGGGCAGUAGUGGAGGACUGGUCAUCCUGGAAUGUAAACAGCCAUAAUACCUUUUAUAGUACUUCAGACAAUAUUUAGUCAAGGCCUGCCCUUUUUGGGUAUGUAAAGGGGGCCGUUGUGUUAAAACUGUGAGACUGUAAUGAAUGCUAUUCCACCCCCCCCCCCAAUCUAAACUAUUCUGUUUGUCAUUCAUGCAUUGGCAACUCACAAAAUCCUUUCAGUGACCUACAGUAUGAUUGUGUGGCGGCCAGAAAAAUAAAUGCUGGUUUGAGGAAUUCCCAAAUCACUGAAUAUAUAAAUAAGCGAAUGUUUUGUAAAAUGUUUUGAUCAUUUGCAUAUAUAUCGCUAUAACAUUUGUACCACACUCAAAACCUUUGGGUUAUGUCUUUUCCAACUCUCUGAUAUGAGGCAAGACAUGGCACUCCUACAUUCUUUCCCAAUCCAGCCAAACUGUGUAGCCUGUAGUGGUUGUAUUUGUUCAGCAUUGCAUACUGUAUUUUGUUUUCCUGUUCUGUGCAGAAUGGCAUUUGAGGCACUUAUGAUCAAUAAACUGCUUGAAAUAAAA